AUGCGUCGAAAAAAAACGCCGCAAGAAACUUUUUACCAAGGAGUGAACACCUUGCCGCCAUCCUUUCUACAAAGUAAUACCAAACGAACCUUAUCCGAAAGCUUUUCAGAAGAAAGUUUCAACAAAAGAAAUCGUGUAGAAGGGCCGGUGAAAGACUUGGAGGAAUGCUUCUUUACUUCGAUGAGAGACCGCGUAGAAGAACUUGUCAAGCAAACUAAAACUCAAGAUAAAACAAAUGAACUGAAAAACAAGCUCCUAAAUGUAAAGACUCUACCGGCAGCAAUAAUAACGAACGCAGCACAACUUGCUAAGUGUGAUAGAAAAGUAAUGCGCUCACAUAUGGAGCACCGCCCUGGGCUAAAAAAUAUUGAAGAAUGGAAGAAGUUCGUAUCUCAAAACUUCGACAAAAUAGCUGAGGCUGCCGUAGGUUCGGUCGUAAAAGACACAGCUAAAGUAUACUCUUCUUCCACUCCAACAAAUAAACAGCCGUAUGAAGAAAUGAGAACGUGCACGGUCCAGAUAAACAGCCUCUUUAGAUCGGAUCUCCCUCCUAUUGUAAAGACAUUCGUGUGUACUAGAUUACAAGAUUCGAUGGUUACCUCGACAGAUCAUACCCUUUGCUUUUCGGCACUCGUAAAUAUGAUAAUAAGUGAGCUGAAGACUAGCGAAUUCUUCUUUGACAACAAUGAUAUCAAGAUUAAGAAAGUUCCUGGAUUCAACCUCGCCAAAUUGCUGCCUUUUGUUACAAUUAAUGAGCCAAAACAGACCAUCCAGCCAUUGGACAAGGAUUUAAUUGCCUCUAAACGAUUUGAGACGGACUUCAAGUGUCUCUUCACAAGCCAACAUCUGCAAGUUGUGCAUAGUUAUUUUUUUGGUGCCCGUGGUGCUAAAGAAGAAAAUUUAAACGCCCACCCUGUGCAGAAUAGUCUGUUUUGUUCUUUCAAAGAAUCCGGCCUUGAUAAGCAGAGCUUCUAUCUUGAGAAAGCAUCAUCGUCGGCAAUGUCGAUGGCUCUUGAAAUGUACCUGGUCAACUUCGAGAAUAUGUGGGACGGAAAAAAGAUAAUUAACAAGCUUUUGGACAAAGUGGUACUAGUGCUACUUCGCCACCAUCUUGCCCGCAAUAGAGAAUCAAAGCGUAUCUCGACCACAACAACAAGGAAUCCACCUGGAAAGAAGGAUAUAAGAAACCAUGCGCGUUAUGUUUGUCGUGCAGAGGAUAAAAAGCUGAAAAAGUUGGUACAAAGAAAGGAAAAGGCAAGCGGAUUAGAAGAAGAAAAGUGGGCCACUAAGAUAAAUAGUGCGAAGCAGCGUCUAGCAAAUUUAAGGCAUACUUUUAAAAAGAAGAUAAGCCAAAUGCUGAAUGAUAGAAAGGAAGCUUCUGUGGAGCACAAGCUCGUUGUUCAGGAUUUGAACAUCGCGGAAGAACAGCAAGAUUUUCUGGAAGAGGAGGGGACUUUGGAUGAUGAUGUUCCGGAAAGGAGGUUGAAUCAACUCAAGUCCGUAAUCAAACACUUGGUCUUCAGCAAUGAUACGCCUGUAUAUUUAGAAGAUGUCAAACAUCAGUCCCCUGAGGCCACCACCACCGAACAGUCAGUAUGCUUGUUGAUCUGCAAUACGUUGAUGAAGUUCUUGCCUCGGAAAAAUGCACUACACCUGGAUUCAGUUGCAUUAUAUCAGCUAUUGACCCAGAAUAUAGAUCAAGAAAAGUCGGAAGAACCACCAUCACAUACCAACCAGCAAGAAAAGAAAGGGUAUAGUAGAAUGAUACUCUAUGGGUAUAAUAGGGAUGAGCUGAUAGGGUCUCAAGACAAAGCACGCCAAAACAAAGAUGCCACAUUUAACGCAGUAUUUGAUAUGGGAGAGAUUCAGAAAGCAUGUGAAUCGUAUGGUCUAUCUUUUGCACAUCGGAUGACAUGUCUACCAGGAAUGAAAACAGUACAAUUAUUGGGAUCAAAAAUAAAAACCCAUGGCACCGUAAAAGAGGGGACAAAAAAGUCAUAUGAAGCACGGAUUUUAAGAAACCCGAGCAUUAUGCAAGAAGGACGAAAAACAAAGGAUGUUCUUUUUUCUGAGUUUCAAAGCUUAACAGAAGAAGUCAAGACGCUUGAAUCUGUUCGUAAAAGAGAGCUAAAUCUUCUAAAAGACAGUAACUUCCAAAGGAAAAUCAAAGAAUGUAAAUCAAAUUGGGGGACAACAGAUGACAAGGAUCAGUUAUACCGGACGAUUGAAAAAUAUAAAGAAUCGAGAUAUAAAUCUUAUUUGAUGGUUAAAAAGAUCAGAAACGAACUCGCCGAAAAAAGACAACAGCUAUAUUUCCGACAGAUGGCAAUUCGUUCCAAAUCAAAGCUCCAUAAUGUUAAAGAUGUCCCUCAUGAUAGCAGAAGUCCAAUUGAGAAAUGUGGCAAAGGUGUGACCAAGGCGGAGGACCGAACUGUUGUGAAUCCUGGCGACUUUAACUAUGCGGGUACUGACAAUGGCCUGGUGAAUAUGACAACAUCAAUACCGAUGUCAUUACAAAGAAUGAAAUUUCACAUAAAGCUUUUCAACUAUUACACCGCGUUAAGCAAGGUCUCCAAUAAAGACAGUAUCGGCUUGAAUCUAUCUAAAGAAGAAGAAUCAUUCCUACAUUUGCCAUCAGUUACAAAUACGAAGGCUAGUGAUGUUGAUGUUGGCUGUGGGUAUUUUCGGCAACGAAAAUAUUUAGAAAGACGAAAGAAGUACACGGAUGAAGGGAAAAAGGUCCAGUUAAUAGAAGAUUCAAUGAAAGAAAUGGAGUCGGCCCCUGUUACUUCUAUUGACAUGGCCAUCGGGAACUUUCGUGCUAAAUACGAUCAACGGCGAAGCCUGUGGGAUUUCUACAAUUCUCCAAAAAUCAUCAACCAAAAAAGACAUGUAGAAAUCCAACAACAUCGUUAUCGACAUCAUCUCUGUCGACGAGAGAGAUUGGAAUUGAAGCAUUCAGAGAAUAAGUCGUCUUCUAAAAAGCCCUUGAUACUCUUCAUUGGUGAUCGAGGAACCGGUUCCGGUUCUCGAAUCAAAGGCUUUAGAAAGUAUGGUGGUAAGUGGAAGCAGAAGAUACAUGAGGAAGCAGUUAAUGUCUGCAUCACAAAUGAGUGCAAGACCUCCCAAACGUGUAUAUUCUGCUUUUCGCCUUUAACCAAUCCGAGGAUUCCUGGCAAAAAGGAAAGAAGUUACAAAGUCAACAAAGACACCUUCCUUUGUAUCAAUCCUCUGUGCAUAACUGUCAAGAAUCGAUGUGCAAGUAAGCCGAGAGAUGCACUUUCAGCUCUCGCCAUUGGGCUGGUAGGCCUAAGCUCAGUUAUGUUUGGUGCCGCACCACCUCCUUUUUAUAACGUCAGCCAAAUAAAUGCUGAACAUUAUACAAAAAUAACAUCUGACUUCUGUACACGAAGAGACGAUUUGGCAGCUACGUUGUAG